UAAUUUGUAGAUGUUUAAGUGUAAAGAAACAGCAUAUGCAGUGGCUCCCCCCUCCCGUUCCCCUCUAAGUUUUUCCACUCAUCUAUUGUAUCUUUUUUUCACCAGAUAUUAUCUUAAAAUAAAGAAAUGUGUAAUUAAAGUCAGGGAGGGGAGGGAAUUGAAAGGAAGAAUAAAGAUAUUUAGCAAAUGCAUUGUAUUAAAGGUAAUUUUUGCUUCUUGUGUGGGAGGAAGAAGUAACAGAGGAAAAUUGGGGAAAUAAACUUAUAUGUUGCUGACUUUCAAGAGGCAGGUGUGAUGUGAACAUGGAUUAUAUUCCUACCAGGAACAAGUCUCUCAAGAGAUUAGCAGGAACAGGUUGAUUAAAUGGUUUUCUACUAGUUCUUGUUGGAAGUGUGGAAAUACACUUCUAUUUAGUAAAUGCCUUGUGUUUAAUUGGCAUGUAACGUACAUACCAUGAAGAGUGUUUUAAUGAGGUCUUUUUACUUCCUGGUCUAUAGGCUGAAACUGAGGAGCUGUCUACCCUAGAACACAUGGGAAUGAUAAAAAAACCAGUGAGUUGAGAAGGUGAAAGGUGGAGGGAUAUUGGUCAGGCUGUUCAAAGCUGUGUUGGUACCAGUCAGUUCAGUGAUGGUGUAACAGCACAAGGAGCAGACCCCAUCUCUCAUUUGUAUUUUCUUCUUUUCAAGGCCUGUUGAAGAAAAUACAUAAACCAGAAGAAAAUACAUAAAACAACAUGAUAAUUUACAUACAAGAAAACUGAUAGUUUAUUUUUAUUGGAUAGUAAUGAAGAAGGGAAGAAGUGAAAGAGAAAGUUUCCCCCACAAGAAGUAGCUCAGUUAAAGCCCUGUCCUCAAAAUGAAGAAGAAAAAUCUUGCAGUUAAAACAACUCAAUAUUGAAUCUGAAUGUUGUCUUCUUGUUGUUUGUUUCUUAGACAGGCUUUGCCUGCAAAGUGCUUUCACAGGAUGCUAUUUAGUUGGCACUGCUUUGACCCACCAAACCUGUUUAUUGUGGCAGUGUGUAUACUCUAUGUCUGACUGCCUUUCCCAGCUCCUGAGUGGUGUUUUUGCAGGAGCUCCAGUUUCAGUCCAGAUACCUCACCGAAGAGCUGCGGAGGAUUUUCACUGAGGACACUGACUCUGAAACAGAAGUGUUCGAGGGCUUUGCUUCAAACGAGGUGUAUGUGAGCAAGAAAGAAGUUCUGGUAAAGGCAGUCACACCUACAUAUGGUGGAGUCAGACUUGAGUGAUGAAGAACGCGAUAAUUUGUUGGGUAAUGAGAAAGAAGAGGAGGAAGAGAUGAAGCAGAAGGUUUCCCCCAAGAGAAGAAGCUUUGGCCUUCGUGUUGCUUUACAGUUUCCCACCAGGAAAUCAUCUGAGAAAAAAGUGCCUGAACAGGCUUUGUCUGAUUUACCUCUAAAGGACAGUGAAUCCCUCACGCCUCUUUCAAAAGAAAUAAGCCUCAAGCGGUCGGACAAAGUAGAGGGCUCUGCUUCAGAGUCUGAAGAAGACAUUAAAGAAACACAGGAGGAAAGUUCCAGUGCACUGCUUAAGAGAGCCAUAAAUAUUAAAGAAAAUAAAGCCAUGCUUGCCCAGCUGCUGGCAGAACUGAAUUCCAUACCGGACCUGUUCCCAGUGAAAAUGCCCUCCUCGACUCCUGCAAAACAGAAGAAAACCCCAAGGAGGACAUUCUCUGAAGGCCAGAUAACACGCCGAAUGAACCCAACCAGAACUGCUCGUCCACCAGAAAAGUUUGCCUUGGAAAAAUUUACUGUGUCAGCUGUCAAAUUUGCAGAACACAUCUGUAGUUACAGACAACAAAACCUCUUGAAGAGACUCAGUGUGCAGGGGGAUUGUGGAGUUCGCAAAAGGAGGAGAUCAUCCAAGUACUCAUCUCAUCGCCCAGUAGAAGACAUAACUGAGGAGGACUUGGACAACAUUGCAAUCACUGUUAGAGACAAAAUCUAUGACAAAGUUUUUGGUAGUACUUGCCACCAGUGUCGACAGAAGACAACUGAUACAAAGACAAUCUGUCGCAAGCAGGGCUGUGGAGGGGUCAGGGGGCAGUUCUGUGGGCCCUGUCUUCGAAAUCGAUAUGGUGAAGAUGUGAAAUCAGCUCUGCUUGAUCCAGCCUGGAUCUGUCCUCCUUGUCGCGGGGUGUGCAACUGCAGCUACUGCCGCCGGCGGGACGGGCGCUGUGCCACCGGCAUGCUCAUCCACCUGGCCAAGUUCUAUGGCUACAACAAUGUCAAGGAGUACCUGGAAAGUUUACAAAAACAACUGACGGAUGACAAUUGAGAGCAUUGAACUCAAGCUGUGCCUGGAACUGGUUAAUAUGUUAACAGUUUGACUUCAGAAGUUUAUUAUUAUGUUUUACAUAAAAUAGAAUUGUAGUAUAUAGCAUAUUAAUUUCUUUAUUGGAAACUUAUUGAUUGAUAUGGUCUUAUGCAAAAGAUCUCUCAGGAAAAUGUUUUGGUAGAGAAAUCUACAUGCACAGACCUAUAUGUUAAGUGAAAUGGCACUCUUGAACCUUGAGUGGUUAAUUUUUAAUAGAGCUACACAACCACAGGAUGGAGAGCUUGGUCAAAAUGAGCAAUAUUUUUAUUUUUAUAAUUGUGCAAGUUUGCAGAAAGGGUGUUUAACAACUACCUUCAAAGCACCCCAUCUUCAAAGAAACAAAACACCCUUGUCUACCAACUUGACCAUAAAGAUCUAUUAUUCCAGAUCUGCUUUCUGAACCUGUUUCACCACCUGUAGUUUAUAGACCUUGUCCUUGCAAAGAAGGAAAAGAUACUUUAAUCUGAAUGCCAUUAUGUUCCAGCCAAAGGUGAUGCAAUCAACAAAUGUGAGGAUGGUUUUUGAAAGUUUUAUUCCAAAGUGCAAUUAUUCACCAAAACAUGAAAGUAGAAGAAUGUUUAAAAAGAAUUUAAAAAUAUCCCAGUAAAAAAAUCCAACAAAACUUCUCACCAGCUGUUUUUGUGUAAGGUACAUGCUGCCUGAAGCAUCUACCACCUGUUGUAACUGGUCUAUAUCAGUGUUCAGGAAUAAAUUUUUUUUACUUACAGUUCAUGCUUAGAUAUUUUUUCAUUUGUACAACCAGACUUUCAAACAACUUCAUUUAAAUGCCAGAUAUUUGUAUUGCAUGUUAAAGUAUGUUAAAAUUUUGUAAUAUACACAUUUCUUUUUAUGUAGAGAGAAUAAAGACUGAUCUAAA